ACAACUGUACAGUAUAUGCAGACAUAGCCAAAAGUGUCACUUUAAAAAUGAAGCAAAAAUAUAUACGAAAUAAGAUAAAGCUGACAAAAGUCCUCGUCAUCCACCAUUCUUUACUACACAGAGCAGAUCAUCAAGGUGUUUGGGAGCGAAUAUCACAAAGGUGAAACCACCAAGAAUGGGGAAAAGAAGACAAUGGAAUGUUGUGAAGUGUCUGCUAUGAGCCCUGAACUGAAUCCAAGUCAACAUCCAUGGAAAGAACUGAAGGUCACAGCUGGGAGAAAAAGGCCAUCAGACGUCAAGAAGAGUGGGCCGGGUGGGCAGUGAGAGGAGCAGAAGUCUCAUCCAGAGCCACAGGAAGGUCUUGAUGGCAGUUAUUACCUCCAAAUAAUGAGCGACCAAACAGAAGACUUCUGUCCCCUCACACUGGACAUCAACACAGCAAACAGAGAGUUUCGUCUGUCUGAAGGGAACAAGAAGGUGACACGUGAGUGGACAAAAGCUACAUACCCUGAUCAUUCUGAGAGAUUUGAUCACUUGGCGCAAAUUCUGUGCAGAGAGGCUCUCAGUGGGACUCGCUGUUACUGGGAGGUGGAGUGCAGUGGACACUUCAUGAGGAUUGGAGUCGCAUAUAAAGGACUGAGCAGAAAAGGAACAGGCGUGGAGAGCCGCCUUGGAUACAACGACAAGUCCUGGAGUUUGCUGUGUUCUCAUUCUGAAUACUCUGUGUAUCACAGUAAUAAGAGGACUCUAAUCAGCGCCCCCUACAGUCCCCGAAUAGGUGUGUAUCUGGACUGGCCUGCUGGCUCUCUUUCAUUUUAUAGCGUCUCACACACAAUGACCCUCCUGCACAGGUUCAACACCUCGUUCACUGAGCCCCUCUAUCCAGGGUUUGGGUUUGGUCCUGAUUCGAGUGUAACAAUCUGCCAUCUGACACCAUGUGACCACUGACCAAUACACGAAAUUGGUCACUUGAUGUCCCCUCAAGCUCAGGUGUCUUUGUGUUUGCAGUUUGGGGUCAAAUUGAAAAUUACAGGAUGGGUGGGUUGAGGUGGGUUGGGAUGCAGCAUCUCUGUGAGUGAUUUUCUGGAUGAGAAUGCUGGGCGAGUGCAGCUGUCAGGGUCUCCAUCAUUAUUGGGUCUGAGUAGCCAUUCAGGUGUGUGUGUCAUAGUGAGGGGCGGUGACACCUCAGACCUACAAAUACCAGUCUGACCAUCAGGGGUCACUGCUGAGUCAUAGCCACAUGUCUUUCAGGCUUACACCCCAACUGCUGUGGCCUCUGAGUGUCACUGAAUGUCACUCGUUAAUUCAGUCUAUAUAGCGCCUUUCAGUAGUGCUGCUCCAUCAGGACCACAUGCCUGUCUCAGUAUCAAGAGCCUCAUUCCAGUGACGAUUCAGGAGCGCAGAGUGACAGAAGUGACUGGAGUGCUGGCCUCUGAACAGACAUUGUCUGUCCCUUUAUUAGUUACUCCGGUGGUCUGUCACAUCUGAAUUAAUUCACUGUGAAUGUCUAAAGAUGAGGACUCACCGCUCAGUCACAUGUCGGCCAUACUGAUGGAGUUUGGUGUUUUACUGAGUCACUUGGUGCCACGUUAGACAUUAAACUGCACCUCCUCCCUGUUGUUCCCACUGUCACCCAACCUCAAGGAGAUGAGUCAGCUGACUGACUUCACCAUCACUGUCUGUGUUUAAAGUGACAAUCAGAUGUGACACUUGGGGACACUUUUAUCUUUCCACUGACACACACACAUUCCCAUGAUUAAUUUACUAUUCCCUUAGGACCCAUCAAGGAGUGGUGUGUCACCUGACAUCAGUCUGUGUGAGAAUGUCCAGGCUGACAGCCCCUCCACUGUGUAAUACAGGCCUCACCAACAGAUGGCGACUAUGACUUCUAGAUCUGUCAUCUUCAUGGAGUCUGAGGGGUUAAAAGGAAGAGGAGAAGGUUAAAAAGAGUGAGGGGUGAAUAUGACAGAGAAGAGAAUCAGGGGGAUAAAGGGUGAGAUGAAUGACCUGAGACAGAGAGAGUCAGACGAGUGUGUCACUUUUAUGUUUGUCAGUUUUGUUCCUCCCACCUGAUUUUCUCCUCUUUGACUCGCCACACGCUGAUGGCCGUCCUGUGAUCAGAGAUUGUAUUCCUCGUUGAUCAAAUCCGUAUCUCGAUGUGUGACUGACGUCUGAUUCUUUAAGCACUCGAUCAUCAGACAGGUUAUCAUCCGAUGAGCUCUUCACUGCUGACCUAAGCCCUGCUGCCCAAUUCUCUUUCCUGUUACCUUGGCCAUUGCUUCAGUUCCCACUGUGUCACCUCAUAAAGCUACUGGUCUGUCUGGUCACUCAGGUCCUCGUCACAGCUGCACACUGACAGUUGUUCAAACUCUACAGGCUGACAGCCAUGUUGUCCUGUCGUCUGGAUGUUUGUGUUGGUUGAGGUCGUCUCCUGCUGACCGUGGGGGUUUUGGAGCUCAGGAUUAAUGAACAGGCUGUCAGAAAAAUGGACAUGUCAGUCAGUGGUGUGGGCAGGUGAGCAGGUGGGCACAUUCAGGGCAAAAUGUCACUUAAAUGUCGAUGAGCACACUGGACACAUUGUCAGUCACUGAUAAUCGACUCCAUGUCAGCUCCUGUGGCCCUCAUCAUGUGCUGUAAACACAGACGCCUUUCAUGUGACUUGCACCUUAGUGACAUUCCUGUGACUUUCAGGGCUGUGACAUCAGCUGAUUCUUCUGGAGCCAAACUACUCCCUCUUGUGGGCACUCUCCGUAUUAAACACAUGAGAAGUUAUUAUAAGAAUUAAUUAUGUAAAAAAAUAUUUAACUUAAUCUUUAAUUAAUCCUUUGUUAAUUAUGAUUAGAUGUUACAUUCACGGGUCCUUCCCAUGUCUGCGUGGGUUUCCUCCCACAGUCCAAAGACAAGCAGGUUAGGUGCAUUGGCGAUCCUAAA